GUUCGCCAAGCAGUGGUGACGGUGGCGCGUCGCCUUUGGAAGGAGAAGUCGAGGCCGAGGUUUCUUUCUCUCACCGUGGCCCUCUCCCCUCCGCCGCUGCCGUAGUAUUCGCAGGCGUCACGCGCGGUCGGCAGCCACUUCGAUCAUAACGACUGUACGCGCAGUGGCGGCAGAUUGUCCGCAGAUCCGUUUGUGCAGAGUUUUCGACGAUCCCGCUGCCGAUAAAGACUUGUCGAUCCAUAAGGGCGUCGUUCGACCGCUGUGCGUAGGUAAACAAAAAGUGCAUCGCGGUUAUUGGAGUUGCGCGGACCGCUGCUCCUCGUCUAUUGUCUGCGGUAAAUAUUACUUCGCGGGUAGACCGUCGAAGGGUCGCACCACCGCCACAGAUGGCCGCCGCACCACCUGCGACUUGCGUAAAAAACGAUUUCGGUUGAUAUCGACUCCGACUCGCACCCGGUGACGACCAUCGCGAUGGCCGCAGCGGUAGCAGCCACCACUCCUCCGACGGCCGACAAUCGGUGCGUCGGUGGCGGCGAACCGUCGGCGGUGACCAUGCGACAUCAAACUGUCGUACCACUGCCAUCAAGUGAUAUUCCGGCCCUGACGUCUUCGGGACGGCGGCGGCGGCGAUUAGGCGGGAACGACUCGAAUCCACAGGUGUCUCGGAGUUCGACCAGCAGCUGCUCGUCGUCACCGGUGUCGUCAUCGGACGACGACGAGGAUGACGACAACGACGGUGGCCACGGUGGCAUGGAUGGUGCGAAGGCCGAGUUCGGCGGACGUGGAGUGGUCGGCGUUCAGCCUCCACCGGUGGCCGCCAAGCGGCUCAAAGACCUGCAACAACACCUGGUCGACUUGGACGACUUGGAACUGCUAGAUCGUCAUCUGGCAGUCGAAAAUGCUACUGGGAACUCACUGCACGAUUCGGCAUCGGACGGUGGAGCUGCGACCGGCAUGGUGGCCGAAGAGCUCAGACAGAAAAACAAGGACCUGGUGCUGGCAGCCCGUCUCGGCAAAGCACUGUUGGCUAAAAACGAUGAACUGUCACUGAUGAAUGAGCGGCUGGCCGAAGAGUACGGCGACAAGCUAGAGGAGAUCGAACAGGACCGCCACCGGCUACGCAGACAACUGGCUCAGGCCAGGGCCGAGUGUGAGCAACGGUGUCACGAGUUGCAGGCCGAUCUCAGGGACCUGCAGGCGGUGCUCGACAGCCGGGAACGUCAGCUGCGAGAGGCGGAUAAACAGAAACGAGCCGUGGUCCGAGAGCUCACGGACCAGAAUGGCAGGCUGCAGUCGCACAUCAGAGAGCUUUCCCAGGCUGAAGCAGAGCUUCGGCACAAGUGCCGUCUGCUGGAAGAUGCGCAACAGCCACAACAUGGCAGCGGAAAAUGGACAGGGAUCGGAGGAGUCGGAUCUCCCGCAUCCAUCACCAACGGCGGUUCUACCACCGAUUAUGGGUCGCUAACGCCCGACGACUACCGCAGCCUGGACGUGUUGCGUGAUGAGAUCGAUAUGAAAGCAGCCGAGAAACAGCGACUACAGAAGAGGAUGGCUGAAUUGAGGGCAGACCGUGAUCGGUUGGCCGAACUUCUCGAACUCAAAGAUCGGCAAUUGGCCGAAUGCCGGGCCGAAGCAAACCAUUAUGAGCACAGGUCGGCCAUGUUGGCCAAGCAGUUGGACGACGCGCUCUGUUCGGGCAGCGCGGGGGACUGGAGAGGACGAGGCGGGAAGUGCGCCUCGUGCGGCAACGGUGGCGGUGCGACGACAGCGUCCAGGACGAACGGCUCCGGUGGUACCGAAUCGCAGCCGAUGUCGCUGUUGGCCGAACUGGAACAAGCCGAGGCGGCCAGCACGCAGACGGCCGCUGGUCCUCCGCCGCCCAUGGUCGACGUAGACCUGACGGAACAUCGGCCCAAAGACCCCAACGACUUCGGGACGGACGCCGAACGGUUGGUGACCCGGUUGUGCGAUGCGCUCGAGCGCCGGGCUGGCCAAGCGGACGCGGUGUCACCGGAGUUGUCGGCCAGCACCAGGUACCGGUUGCUGAAGCUGAUGGGCUGCGGCGGCAGCGGAGUUGGCGACGGAAGCACUGCUGCUGGUGGCAAGUCCACGGGCGCCGUUGACCUGGCGGAGCUGGUUCGCAACCGAGAUGGUCGGGUGGCCGAGCUCACUUGCGAGUUGUCCGUGAGAGACGCUGAGCUGCAGGCAGCCCGCGAGGAACGUGAUCUGGCUGUGCGGGACAAAAUGGAUGCGAUGCGAAUUCAGUGCGCCCGAUGUGGUGAUGCGGGCAGCGGAGAGGCCGCCGACGCCACUUCCGGCUCCGGCACCGACGAGAAGGACGCGUCGUUGAUCCCGGAACUGCUGAGAAAAGCGUGGGAACAGCGGGAUGGAGCGGUAAGGCGGAAAAACGCAGUGCAGGUACAACUGGCCCGGACCCGGGUGGACGUGCUACAGGCUAACGGUCAACUGAUGGAGGCCAUCGGGCAGAAGGUGGAACUCAGCCAACAGUUGGAACAGUGGCAGAUGGACAUGCAAGCUCUACUCGACGAGCAGAUGCGCAGGAAACUGCUUGCUCCGCCGGUACAAUCUUCGGCCGCCGGUACGCCCGAAUUCGGUGGUGGAAAUCAGCAAAAAUUUUCCAGCGCCGGAGGGUUCCCAUCUAUGUCAGCUUCGAGCUUAGGAAGUCUCGGGUCGUCGGGUCUGAUGAACUCGUUGCUGAUGAUCGCCGGUGGCGGAGGGAACGCAAACAGAUGACGCGGAAAACGAUAAACUGUUGGUUUAAGAAACGGUCGUGAACCGUGCACCUAUAGACAAUAAUAUAAUACUGUAAAAUAUCGUGUAUAAAAAUAGUGGAUCAAGUUCGCGUAUUAGUCAUAUCGCACCCAAUUAACGUCUAAAAUGGACCAAUAAAAAUUGGACUUCAUUAUUAUUAUUUUUUUUAUUUUUGAUCUGGUUUACAUUAGUCGUCGAUUUAGUUUUAUUAGACUUGUCAGUGAGAUUUACUACUUCCCAUUCAUCAACAUCCCCUUUGCCCCUCGAAAAUUUUUUAUAUUUACUAUACUAAGCAAAGAUUUUUAAUUUUUAUUUACCUACAUGUCCACCUCCAAUUCACAUGAAUUUCAAACUUGUGAGAUGAUAUGAAGUUUUUCAAAAUCGUAAAUAUGUGAGUCAUUUUCUAAACUUAUUUUGGUCUCUGUUCGUGUCAUAGACCCUUUCCGAAACAUUUAUUAGUGAUAGGUAUUUACAUAGUUUAUCUGGCGCUUAGUUUCGGUUUAUUGGUUUAUACAUGAUAUUCUAGACUGUAGUGUUGCAAAAACUAGUACAAAAUAUUUAUAACGAAAGUUACCUCACGUGCGCGCACUCGUUGAUAUGAUAUUAUACGUCAUUAUGGUGGAGAAGUUAUAGGAUUUGUUUGAAUAAUUGAUCACACAAGAUAGUAUAUAAACUCAUAAUUUGAAAUUAAUAUAGGCCUUCCUCCCUGGAUUUGAUUCUUUUUGAAAAAGAAAAAUCCCGUCAAAAAUUGUUGUUUUAUAUAUAUUUUCAUAUUAUGAGUUCAAAAUGUCAAAAUAUUAAAUAAAAUGUAUCAUCUUAUUAUAUAGCUAAUGUACUUAAUAGAUUAAUGAUGUUUUAAUUAUCAAAUACAAAAUUUAAUAAUCGUACAAAAAUACAAAAUAAUAAAUGGAUAAUUAUUAUUUAUUACACAAAUUACAACAUAUUAUUUACUGUUUUUAAAAUUCAUUUUAAUAAUAUUAUGCAUAACAUUUUUUGGACGUUUUUGUUAUUUUUACUGCCAGUUUUUAUUCCAUCACUUAUAAGCUUCUCUGCCCAAUAUACUUUUCGGGUAGGUAGGUGUAUCAUUAUACGUAAACAAUAAACUAAUACUUAUUGUAUUAUAGUCUUUAAGUACAUAAUACAUUAAGACUAGAAA